GUCACUGGCAGCCCCUUCCUAACGCUGCCCAUUGGAAAAUCCCACCUUCUCUCACAGGGGAAACCUCUGGAUUAAUCGUUGCCUAGUAAUUAGUAGUGCAGUGGGUGUUUUCCUUGCAUUAAUCUUAAUUAGUUGCAGGUCAUAGAGUCAUGGAGUGGUUUGGGCUGGAAGGGACCUUAAAGCCAUCCAGUUCUGGAUGGAAUCGGGGAGGGAAAUGUGCUCACUUCUUCCUUUAGGAUGAAGCUAAAGGAAGCCCUAGAAACCUUGACCUUUUAAGAAACGUCUAUUGGGGAGCAGUGGAAAAGCAGUGGCAGGAGCAAGGGGGUGCGCUUACAUAUCAUAGCAUCAUGGAAUGGUUUGGGUGGGAAGGGACCUUAAAGCCCAUCCAGUUCCAUCCCCUGCCAUGGGCAGGGACACCUCCCGCUGGAUCAGGGGCUCCAAGCCCCAUCCAACCUGGCCUCGAACACCUCCAGGGAUGGGGCAGCCACCACUGCUCUGGGCAACCUGGGAUAGUGUCUCACCACCCCCAUCAUGAAGAAUUUCUUCCUAAAAUCUGAUCAAAAUCUUCGCCAUUCCAAUUUAAAGCCAUUCCGUGUCAUCCUCUAACUCCAUGCCCUUGUAAAAAGUCCCUCCUCAGCUUUCUUGUAGGUCGCAUUCAGAUACUGGAAGCUAAAUGCAUGAAGCAUGGAAGCAGCCUGCUGCAGUCCCUGGCCAUCCAAUUAUUCCUGCCAACCCGAUCUCCUUCUGUAACCAGGUGACCAGCUCAGCCGGUGAGGGAGAGGCUUUGUGUGCUGUCUGCCUGCACGUCAGUGAAGCCUUGGACACUGUCUCCCACCUUAGCACCCAGCAGACCUUAAAGACCUUCCAGUUCCAACCCACCCUGCCAUGGGCAGGGACACCUCCCGCUGGAUCAGAGUUUGUUCAGAUGAUUGAAGCAUGGAGCCCUCCUCGCCGCCAGAAUCCGUGUUUCCAGCAGAAGAGAGCUCACCUGUGCCACAGAGAAAGCGCCAUAUCCUGGUGGGUGUGACGGGAAGUGUGGCUGCCCUGAAGCUGCCUCUCCUCAUCAACGAGUUGCUAAAAAUCCCUGGGCUUGAAGUGAAGGUGGUCACUACUGAGAGAGCAAAGCAUUUCUACAAUGCUCAGGAGAUUCCUGUCACCCUCUACGGUGAUGAAGAUGAGUGGCAGCUGUGGAAGGGCCGCUCGGACCCCGUCCUGCACAUUGAGCUCAGGCGCUGGGCUGACCUCAUGUUGGUGGCACCUCUUGACGCAAACACGCUGGCAAAGCUUGCCAACGGCAUCUGUGACAACCUGCUGACUUGUGUCAUCCGCGCUUGGGAUCUGAGCAAACCUCUGCUCUUCUGCCCAGCUAUGAACACGGCCAUGUGGGAACAUCCCAUCACGGCUCAGCAGGUGGAGCAGCUGAAAGGCUUUGGCUACACGGAAAUCCCCUGCGUGGUGAAGAAACUUGUGUGCGGAGAUGAAGGUCAGUCCUUUUGCAUGAGGAGAGAUUGAGAUGAGAUCUUGGGAAGAAAUAUUUCCCUAUGAGGGUGGGGAGGUGUUCAAGGCCAGGUUGGAUGGGGCUUGGAGCAACCUGAUCCAGGGGGAGGUGUCCCUGCCCAUGGCAGGGGUGGGACUGGAUGGGCUUUGAGGUCCCUUCCAACUCAAACCAUUCUGUGAUUCUAUCAUGCGCAAGUGCUGCUCUGAUCCGAAGGGACAGGUAUCCUUUUGCCAUGUGCACUUCAAGAUGUUGGACUCUGGGGAGCAAAUGCUCACUGUCAGGGGCUGUAGAAACAAACCCUGGCUUUGCUCCGUGCUGGCUGAUAUUUACCAUUCUUGUACAUUAAUUUUUAAGUAGUCCUUAAGAGCCCAUCCAAGCCAGGCUUUCAAACGAGGCGUUAGAUAGUUCUGCUAUUUAAAGGAAAUACUCCUUCAAGGGGAAAGAUCAAUGAGAAGGGAGGCUUUGCGGUGAGCAUUAUCAGCCUAGGAUUUGUGUCCCCUCACCUCGCCCUCUGUUGUGACUGUGGCCUGUUUUCAUCCUGCCUCAGUUUCUCAUCUAUAGCAGGGGGAUCGUAUCUCAUCCCCGCGAGCAGACAGUGAGAGUAAGCGCGUUGCAGAUGUGGCUGAGGGUGUAGCUGGACACGCGGUUAACAUUUGUUGUGCUGUGUUGCCUGGGUUACUUUCCAACUUCCCAAUUGAGUUUUGAUUUGGGGUUUUGACAUCAGACUUGUUUGGGAGGUGAAGGAGGCGAGUAGGGAAGGUUGUCACGCUCAGUUCCAGAAGACUUAACUUGCAAUGCUAAGAAAUUCUACUGAAACGAUCUCGAUUGUAUUUUAGGAGCUGCUUUAACUGGAGGGAUUUUGACUUUUGGGAGGGUUUGAGAAGGUUUUUAUACAAGCAGUUUGGGUGAAUGGAUUUGCUUUUUAAUCUAAAUUUUCUUAGACAAAUUGUCUGUAAGAUGCUGUCCCGUUCUAGCUGUAAGAGCAGAUCUGUUACCACCUGCACAGCAGCGCACUCGUACUUUUGUUUAACCACCCCAACUCUAGCAGGAUUUUAACUGCUUAGUUCAAUACAGUCUGUGGCCUUAAAAAGUUCUUCGUCGUUAAACUCUAGGGGUGAUUUAGUUUCUGAUUUCUUAAGCAGGUGCAGUGCUUCUAGAGAGUGUUUUCUUGUAGCUCAAGACUAAGAAAUGUUUACAGUUAGGUAGGUGUAGUCAAGUAACUCAGGCAUCAGUUGAAAUAUCCCGGACGGUUAUACUUCCACUGGGAUUUUAGACCUGAUUAGAUCCAAUUUCUUACGUACUUGUAAUAAUGUUAAGGGAGAACGCCCAAAAGAGGUCAUUCUGUGCAGACAUUUUGGCAGAAGUGGAAAGGCCGUCUGAUGUAGCUUUAUUUUUCCCCUUCAUCUGUUUUUGGACCUAUAUAAGAUCUCCAUUCCUGUAGUGUGCAGCUGAGUGCUUACUCAUGUGAGUUCCUGCUCCUGAGGCGGAGCUGUUGCCAUCCCUGUUUCACAGAUGGGGAUCUGAGAUGCUCAAGGGCUGCCUGAGUUGACUCACCAGUACAAAUGGAAUUAGAGUUGGAUGGGGAAUGUGAUUCCCACCGUCUCCUGCUCUGCCCCUUUCCAGGGGGUUGCUGCCCUCGUGACGGGGAUGUGUGAGCCAUGUGAGAAGCAGCACGUGAAUAACUGUGGUUUGUAGCUCAAAACGGCAAAGUAAACCGGCUUUGAUCAGGAGUACACCAGUGUCAUUUGGGAGCUGGUUUGUAUCCAGCUCAGCUGCUCUAUUGGGAGAACAAACUCCUAACGGAGCUUCUAGGAGAGGGAAGGUACAGACGGCUGCGGCGGUGGUAGCCACAUCCAACACGACUCCCCUUGUGUUGGUGAGUCAAUUCACAACAAGAUCUUUCGGCUGGCAAAGCAGAAUGUAGGAAAAUUAUGGCAAAACAGUAGUUGUGGUUUAACUCCAACUGGUGACUGAGCACCACAGAGCCGCUUACUCGCUGCUCCACAGUGGGAGGGGGUGAGCGAAUUGGAAGGGCAAGAGUAAGAAAAGUCGUAGGUUGAGAUAAAGACAGUUUGACAGUGGAAAUAAAUUGCAAGGAAAAGGAAAAUAGCAAAGAGAGAGAAAUGAAACCCAAGAAAGACAAGUGAUGCAAAUGAACGCAAUUGCUCACCACCAACCGGCCGAUGCCCAGACAGGCCCUGAGCAGCAGCUUCUCCGCUCCAGUCUUUCCCCGGUUUUAUCGUUAACCAUGACAGUAUAGCAUAUGGGAUAUUGUUCAGCCUGGAGAAGAGAAGGCUCCAGGGAGACCUCAGAGCAGCCUCCCAGCACUGAAAGGGGAUCCAGGGAAGCUGAGGAGGGGCUCUUGAUCAGGGAGUGCAGGGAGAGGGUGAAGGGGAACGAUUUUAAGCUGAAAGAGGGGAGAUUGAGAUGAGAUCUUAGGAAGAAAUGUUUUCCUGUGAGGGUGGGGAGGCCCUGGCCCAGGUUAUCCAGAGCAGUGGUGGCUGCCCCAUCCCUGGAGGUGUUCCAGGCCAGGUUGGAUGGGACUUGGAGCAACCUGAUCCAGUGGGAGGUGUCCCUGCCCAUGGCAGGGGGUGGGACUGGGUGGACUUUGAGGUCCCUUCCAACCUAAACCAUUUCCAUGGAUAUCCCUUGGGUCACUGGGAUCACCUGUCCUGGCUGGGUCCCCUCUCAUGUCCUUGUGCACCCCCAGUCUCCUCACUGGUGCGUGUGCUGAGAAGCAGAAAAACCCUCAACUCUGCACGAGCCCUGCUCAGCAUUCACUAGAACAUCCCUGUGUUAUCAGUGCUUUUUCCAGCACACUCCCAAACCUCGUCCCCAUCCUAGCUACUAUGAAGAAAAUUAACUCUAUCCCACUCCAAACCAGCACAGCAGAAAUGCCUUCCACAUCUCUGAAGACCCAGGACAGACUUUUUCCUCCUUUCCCUUCUGUUUUUCAGGCCUCUCACCCCACAGCUGCUUCUUCCACGCUCAUUUCGGGUUUGUGGGUUUCAUCCUCAAAGGGGUUUGCCCAGCAGGUAGCAAAGCUCACACAUCUGGUGUAGAAGAAAGGAGAUUCAGUUUGCACCAGUUUUGUCUGUUGGCAUUGUGGUUUGUCUCGCUAUAAAAGGGAUUUAUCUUCCUCCACUCCUGCGGCUGCGCUCACCUGAAAUGGGCCAGAUCCUGACUCCCACUGAGUUCCUACUUUUACAGGCUUUACCUGAUUCAUUUUUCUUAGUAAAUGGGUGCUUUUAGACAUAGACUCCCGUUAAAAGACAGUUAAAAUAACGAAUUAAAUUGACAAUUAAAAUGUUUUCUUGAUUGGACAGUUAAAUGUAAGCUACUGGGUGCUGGCCUUGAUGGUAUCUGUGUGCCAUGAUAUAAAGAGAGCUUUGAGAGGUUCUGUGCCCCAUGUGGUCCUGCAGCAAUUUGCCUUUGGAAAAACGUUUCCAAGCUGUUGGUGUCUUCAUCAUCCUUGGCUCUGGAGCCUGGCACACUGGGAGAUUCCUCCCUGUAGGCCUGAGCUGUGCCAUAAGACAGGCUGCUUAGCAAGACUUUGCUCUGCUGAACCUAGAAUCCAGCUGUGAACUGGCAAAGGUGUUGAGGAAGUCAGUGGUGGAGGACAAAGGCCUUGGAAAUGCUCGUGAAGGGUGUAGCUCUGCCAAACCGGGCAGAGGCAUUCAGGGCAUUUGUUGUUCGGCAGGACCUGUAGGCUGCUGCUCCUCACUUUGAGAUUGGAAGGGCGCAAAUCUUCCUGAGGCUUGUCAAUAGGAUUCUUUAGACCUCUGGGGAUUUGCAGGUCUGGAAAAGGUGUGGUGGAGAAUGAGUCUUCCUUCGCAGGGCAACCCAGUUUUCUUCACCUUCCGAAAGUACCGUUCUUCAUCACAAAUCCUCAGUCACAUCCAGUUACACCUUCUGCCCCAGACAAGGCUCAGGUGGCUCAUCUACAUUGGCAAACUGAGGGUUUGGGCAGGUUCUGCCCCCAGAGAGCACCUCUCCCUCCUCAUCAGGAUGGCUUUUCCCAUUCCACCCACCUCUUGCCUGCCCUUAAGUUCAUAGAAUCAUAGAAUCACUGGGUUGGAAGGGACCCACUGGGUCAUCGAGUCCAACCAUUCCUAACACUCUCUAAACCAUGGCCCUAAGUUGUUCCUGUCCUGUUCCUGCUGUUUAACAGUUCAUCCGUGCGCUCGCUAACCCAACUGGAAGCAGACCAGGGAAAAGGAGGAAAACAAAACCUCCUAGAACUACUUUCUGGUGAACUAUAAGGCAUGUAUUUUGAAUUAUAAGAGCAAUUAGCCAGCAGGACAAAAGAUCAAUAGAGACUCCAACUUUUCAGUCUUCCAAUGGAGAAAAAUGCCAGUGGGAGAAGUUCCUUUCCUCAGCCUCAAACAAAUUACAGGAGUGAAUGGACUGAGUGCUGAGUUCGGUACAUGAGGUUGGACAAGAUGAUUUAAUGAUCUUUGGCCUGAAAACGCUGAACCCAGGUUUAAAAAGUGUUUCAGAGGGAAACGACAGCACAGUGUAGAUUAGAUGUUCAUGGCAGCUGAUUGGUCCAGCAGGAAAAGCUAUUACAUUUCCUUCUGUCCAGCACUCAGCCUUCUCGCCUUCUCCCAUGGGUCAAGCUGGUGUGAAUCCAGGUCGGCUUUCCCUAGCGUGGCUCUAACUGCAGAGUCUUGGUAUAAAUUCAACAUCUUUUUGCUAAGCAAAGGCCGUUUCAGAAGGGUACUGAACACACACAGGGUGUUGACAGUGGAGAAAGGAGGUGGAAUAGGGCAUUUUGCUCCGCACACACUUCCUAGGCCGCUUUGAUGGCCUUGCCCCCAGGGCUGUGUGUGCUAAGGUGCGGUCAAGGGGCAGGUGCAGAUACCUCUGGAGAUGAUUCAGAAUGUGAGGUGCUUAUUAAGGUCGUAUGAGUUGCCUUUUGAGGUUUCCUGCCUCUCUCCAUUAACUGUCUGAGGAGCUUGUGCUCCUGCUUACACUUCUGAGCCAAACAAAGUUAGCACGAAUACUCUUCUCGCUCCCCUCCCCUGAUGGCAUUCAGCCGUGCCACAAAACCCCUGCAGAACCAGGUGGAUGAGCAGAUCCUCUGCUUUCUGUUGGCUGAGUCAUGAGGAACGCGCGCGGGGAUACUCGGUGAGUUUUGCCGUGCCUUACUACUGUUGUACACCUAAUUUUCCACAGCGGUGCAGCAUGUGGAGGAGCGAGGAGGUGGGACAGGGGAAGCACGUGCCUCACGCCGUCUCUGCGGGGCCUGAAUUUUGCUGUGUGGUUUUGCUCUUGC